CAAAACUAAAUGUCAAUAAGUCAAAAAAUAACAACACGGUCAUUUCACCCUCUAAAACGAAAAAAUAUCGAAUAAUUUAAGGGUUUCGUAGUUUUUUAUUAGUUUUAGCUUUUAGAUAGUGAUACAAUGAAUUUACCGGACUCUGACAGUGAAGACGAACUGCCCCCAGGCUGGGAGGAAAGGGUCACCGUGGACGGUAGUGUUUUUUACGCGAAUCACUUAUCGAAAGGUACCCAGUGGACUCAUCCGAGGACAGGGAAGAAAAAAAGGGUUUCCGGGGAACUGCCUUACGGUUGGGAGAGGUGCAUUGAUAAGAACACUGGAAAAGUUAUCUAUGUAGAUCAUGAUAAUCGUAGAACCACUUAUACUGAUCCUAGAUUGGCCUUUGCGAUUGAGGAGAAGGAGCAUGUUAAUGAUUAUCGGCAAAGAUUUGAUGCUUCUAGUACUGCUUUACAGGUGCUUCACGGGCGAGAUUUAAACGGCAAACUGGCUAUAAUAACGGGCGCAAACGCGGGCAUAGGCUUCGAAACUGCGCGCUCUCUAGCAAAACACGGCUGCACCGUCAUAUUCGCUUGUCGAAAUCUAGCGGCAGCCGAAGACGCCAUCGCGCAGAUACGCGAGGACAAGGCGGCCGCGGCGGACACAUGCAUAGCAAUCUACAUCGAUCUAACCUCACUUUCGUCCGUCGUCCAGUUCGCCAACACCGUCAAAAGCAAGUACGACCGCUUGGACAUGUUGAUACUCAACGCUGGCGUGUUCGGACUGCCUUACAGCAAAACGCCCGACGGUUUCGAGACCACCUUUCAAGUCAACCACCUGUCGCAUUUUUAUCUGGUUGUGCUGCUGCGCCCUCUAUUGGUCACCGGGUCGAGGGUCGUGGUGGUUUCCUCGGAAUCUCACAGAUAUGCAAAUUUGACUCUGGAUUCGCUCUCCCCCCUAACUUUAUCACCAGACACCUUAAAUAGGUAUUGGGACAUGAUGGCCUACAACAAUUCGAAACUCUGCAACGUGCUUUUCGCUAGAUAUCUGGCUAAAAAACUGCAAACUGAGGGAAUUUCCGUAUUUAGUCUACAUCCAGGCAACAUGGUGUCGUCAAAGUUGGCGCGCAACUGGUGGUUGUACCGCCUUCUGUUCGCCAUAGUGCGCCCUUUUACUAAAUCGCUUCAGCAGGCGGCUAGUACGACUGUCUACUGCGCAACAGGUGUCGAAUUGACCGGAGUCACAGGCGUCUAUUUCAACAACUGCUGUCAGUGUCAAGAGAGCGCCGCUGCCUGCGAUGAUCAAUUCGCCAAGGCACUCUGGGACACUAGCGUCGACAUGAUUAGAAACGUGCUUGGCCCGAACGCGCCCGGUCUAGAGAAAGAUCGGAUUUAAAUAAUACGAUAGAUAGAUAGACCUUUGUUCGGCCCAUGUCCAAUCGGGCGAAAUCUUCGAAAAAAAAAUCCUAGCUCAGAUUUUCUCUUUGAUUCACCCAAGAAACAAAUUUGCCAGUUGUAAAAAAUUGUUACUAAGCAUUUUUAUCUCCACGCGGUCUAUAAUUUAAACUUUAUUGUUGUCAACAUUCAAUAAAGAAAUACCUUGUUAUGGCCUAGGCCAUUAAAUAUGAAUAAUAAAACAAAAAGUGAGGUUAGACAACCAGGAAAACGCACGAUUCUUUUUCUACGAUUUAAAUUAUUAAUUAAGUUUUAAUUUGCUUUAGGUUUUCAGUGAAAAUAAAUGUUAAACACAGCUUAAACAUUCCAAACUACCUAUUUUUUAAAUAAAAAUCCAAACAAAUUGAAAUUAGAUACCUACCUAUUUAUUAAACAAUUAAUUGAAUUCAAUGUAAUAGCAAAAAUCCAUUUCUACUUAAAUCAUGUUGCUAGGUAUUGUCAAACUAUUACUGCUUCUAAAAGCAAUAAUAAUUAUUGCACAUUUAAUGUAAUCUUUAGCUAAUAAAUAAAUGAGAUUCUAAAAAAGUGAGGUUAGGCCGCUUUGAUGUUGAAUUAAAUUGACCCAUAUAAAGUGCUUUGAAGAUAAAAUGUUGUAUGCCAUUCGGCCAAGAAGUGCCUUUUUGAGCUUAACACAAAAAGCCUUACUUCUUAACCUAAUGACAUAAAUAACUAUUCUUGCAAAAAAUAAAUAAAAACUCAAAACAUUAAUUCAUUAAAAUGAAUAAACUAAAUAAUAAUUAUAGACAGUGUCAGCAAGUUAGAAAUUAUAACCAACUACUAAUUUUAUUUUUUGCUCCACAACCAAGCUUCAAUUUAUUUUUUACUCGAUAGCAAGCUUCAGUUUUAAUUCCAAACUGAGGAAAGUAAUAUUUACCCAAAUUUUUUUUUUUUUAUUAUGUUUUCUGACAAAAGGUUGGAAUUUUUGGAAAAUUAAAACAUUGUUUAAAUAAUUUAAUUUUUUAAAGGUUUUUCAACAAAUCGCUUGAGAAAAACCACUUGAAAUUAGGCAAACUUCAAACAAUAAUAACGUUUUUAUUAUAAAUGUAAAAUCCUGUAUGUUUUAACAUAAUCAAAUAGAAAAUUAAAGAAUCUUUCGAUUGGUAUUAUAAUAACUGUUUCCUAAAGUUAAAACUUCAGAGACAUUUAACAAUUUCUAAUAUUUUCAAUACUAUUUUGUAUCAACAAACCUGUGAAAUUCUACUUUUGGGUUAAUAUGGCAGUAUCCAUGGUUACCACUUAAUCUUUCAUUGUUUAAAAUUAAUUAAAAUAUUUGAUUGAAAAAUAAAUAACUCGAAAAAUAUUGAUUUUAGGUAUAGAAUAUAUAUAGCCAUUUUACUCAGAAUUUUAUUAGAAUUUAAAAAUGUAAAAAUAUAUAAGGUGUCCUGUUUAAAAUAACAAAGUUAAAGACAUUUCCGGUAAAACAGGAAGUAUUAUUUUGUUCAAAAUAAUUUAGGAAAAAAGUCUAAAUCGAAUAAUUUACGCUAUUAAAAUUUUAAAUCGAUGUCUUUCGCGAUUCCCUAGAAACUUCUAACGGACUACGUACGUGAAACACCCUGUAUAUCAAACUUCAUUUAUACGUUAUGCUAUACUUAAUUAUUAAUAAGGUACAACAAUAUUUGUAUAAAAAUUACAAAAUGUACUAAACUAAACAUUUAUGAAUACUGCUACUGCUAAUUCAAAACUGAUCCUGGCCACAGAAACAUCAUUUAUAUAAAAAAGUUAAUAAAUCAAAUAAUAGUCAAAUAUCAUAUGUAAAUGAAAUUUCUUCAUUUUUAACACAGUGAAGAAAAAAAUAUAAAUAAAAACAAAGUUGUCAAUGGACGAGAUUUUUUUUGAAAAAAGUAGUGCAUUUAGAUGUAGAAAUAAGGUAUUUGCCCCUAUGAUUCCAAAGAAAAUCUUGGCUAGGAUUUUUUUCGAAAAGUAAAACCAAUUUGACAGGGCUUUAUCUGUUUUAAAAGAUUUUUUACCAUACCUCAGUCUAUUUUGUUAAUUUUUUUUAAGAAAGGUAUGAUGAAAAAACUUACAAGAGAUAUAACUAAAUAUUUUGUGGACUAAUAAUAUUUCAAACAACUCUGCCAAACAUUAAACGUACUGUUGUGUAUAGAGUAACACCAAUUUAUAUUAAAUAAUAAAACAUCGUUUUUAUUUUUAGUCGAUAUCAAAUUUUAUAUAAUAUAUUUAUGAGAAAUCACAACUGAAAACAUAUCUUAAAAGUUCUAGCAGGAAUUAUUGUUUAAAUAAAUCCUGCUUUGUAGUCGAUGUAUAAUUAAUUUGGCAUCGAAAAAAUUCCCCCCCUUAAAAAAAAGUUUUAAGACAAAAAUGGCCUAUAAAUAAAUAUUAUAUUUUUUGUUUUAUCACUUUUUUUGUGGGGGAAACACAGACAUUUGACAUUGACUGUUCUAAUUUAAUAAUAUUCAUUAAAAAAUACAACUAAUAGAGUUACUUUUGUGCCACAAUACUGAAUACUCCUAGUAUUAACUUAAGAUAAAAUUUACUACUAACUAGUCCAAUUUUAAGUAAAUGUAUUAAUGUUAGUAGAAUAGAGUGAAUAUACAACUUUGGAACCAAAAAAAUUAUAUGGGUAAAAACACCAAUUUUACUAUACAGGGCGUGCGAAAUUUACCUUUUUUAUCAACAUAGGUACUAAAAAUCAAAAUAGUUAAAUCAAUUUUACAAAAUUUUAUCAAAUUAGCAAUAAAAAUUAAGUAAAUUUUUAACACCCUGUAUAAACACAUGCAAUAUAGUAAAAAUUAUUAUAACCAAUGUGCAAUCUUAUUUUUUAUGCAUGUAAUUAACAAUAAUUAAUACUAUAUUCCAUGUGAAGUUAUAAUAUUAAUUAGAGACUUUAUUGUAUUUAUUUAUUAAAAUUAUUUGAAUCCCAAAAUAUUAUUUUGAGAUUCAAAUUAUUUUAACUUUGUCCCCAUUUUAGAUUUUUAUAUUUUUUUGAUACGUUUUAUUUUUAAUUUUGUAUAAAAUAUAUUUGUACUUAGUUAAUUAGAUAUAAUAAAACGUGUACCUGUAAUGAUGAUGGAAAAAUAAAUUAUUCUGCGAAUUGUGUGGUAGAGGUGGGUUGCUAUCGCGUAAGCUGCUAUUUUUUAACAGUUAUUUUGCUGAAGCAGCUAUCACUGUUACCCGGUUUUAAAAAAAGCUGCUACCAACAACAUAACCUAACUCCGCCGUUUGUGAUCGCAUUUAACGUAUUGUUUCGAAUUCCGCUAUAUCAAAAAGCUGCUACUCGGCCUUGGACAGCGCCACUGCUGUUUGAUGUCGGGAUUUUAGUAAAAUCAUUUUACUAACGGAGGUAAAGUUACAGACUAAUAUGUUAUACACUUUAAAUAAAAAUGAGUUUUAAUUUGCAGCCGAGUAAAAAAAAUUUUAAUUUUUAAACUCGGAUUUUUAAUACUAAAAUUUAUUCAUAUCUAAGCUAUUUUUAAUUUUUUAAACCUAAUCCUAGCAUAGAAAAUCAUUAUUAACAACAUUAUAAUUUCCAAUCAUUGCAAAAGAUCGCGAUUAUUUGCUAGUAAAGAUCUCUGUGAACUCUCCCUAGACGUUUGUAAGCCAAGCAGAAGCGAUUCGCUACUAUAGCGCUAUAGCAAACCCAAAUAGCCGUUUUAAAAUGAAACAUGCGCAAGAAACACGCGUGCCGCUGUCAGCGGCUGUGGUCUAUUCCCACGAGCACCGUUUCGGAUAAACUGCUUCUUUUAAGCAGCUAUUUGAUAGCUGCUACUUAAAAAAAGCGGUAACUGUUUUAACUGCUACUUAAAAAUAGCGGUUUAGCCCACCACUAU